GCGGCGGAAGAUGGCGCUGGGGCGCUGAGGGACAGCGCCGGGACUGGGCCGCGCUGCGCCCCGCCGGGAGAGCCGAGCCGCCCGCUGCGCCCCGCGCCGCGCCCCGACGGACCCCCCAUGGCCACGGGGCCGGCCCAGGAGUCGUGUCCCCUCUGGGUCUGCUCGGCCCGCGCCGCUCCCGGGCCCCGUCCAGGUAGCGGCCCGCUGAGUGCUGGAGCCUGGCCGGGCCCUCGCCAGGCCUAACUCGCUCCCGCCUGCGCUCAGGAGGCCGGGCCGGGCCCGGGGAGACCAGCCCGGGAGAGAACGGGACAGCGGCAGCCUCCGCCCGGCCCCCGCACUCGACCCUCGCCGCACGUUCCCUCGGGAGCGGCCAUCCAGCGCCGAGCUCCUUCCUCCCGCUCAGCUCCGCUCCUCCAGCGCCCUUCGGUCCCCGGCCGCAGGCGUCAGCAUGUCCGAGAACCAACCGAACGCCAACAACCACCACCCGGCCAACAACAACGGGGCCGGCGGGGCUGCCGGGGGCAACAACCGGGGCGUGCGCAACCCCAACCUCAACCAGAACCCCCUGAUCAAUGUCCGCGACCGCCUCUUCCAUGCGCUCUUCUUCAAGAUGGCAGUGACCUACGCUCGCCUCUUCCCGCCCUCCUUCCGCCGCGUCUUCGAGUUCUUCGUCCUCCUCAAGGCUCUCUUUGUGCUCUUCAUCCUGGCUUACAUCCACAUUGCCUUCUCUCGCUCGCCCAUCAACUGCCUGGAGCACGUCAGGGACAAGUGGCCCCGCGACGGCAUCCUGCGCGUGGAGAUCCAACGUAACUCCAGCAGGGCUCCCAUCUACCUGCAGUUCUGUGGCGUGGAGAAGUUCCCAGGGAUGGUGGUUGAAUCCACAGCUGAGGAAGAGGAGGAGGAAGAGGAGGAAAUGACUGUGGACAUGUUUGAAAACAGCUCUAUCAAGUUUGAGCUGGAUAUUGAGCCCAAGGUGUUCCUGAAGCCAUCCCGGGGGAGCAGCCCCGAGGCACUGCCCCGCAACGAGAGCCAGGAGCUGUCCCUCGGUGAAGCAGGCACUAAAGGUAUGCAGCCUCUGCGGGAGACUGUGUCCGAGUUUGAGAUGCUAACCAGAGCAGUGUGGCCACAGGAGGAGUACAUCGUGGAGUACUCCCUGGAGUAUGGCUUCCUGCGCCUGUCGCAGAGCACUCGGCAGCGCCUCAGCAUCCCGGUGAUGGUGGUGACCCUGGAUCCCACCAAGGAUCAGUGCUUUGGGGACAGGUUCAGUCGCCUGCUGCUGGAUGAGUUCCUGGGUUAUGAUGAUAUCCUGAUGUCAAGUGUCAAAGCUUUAGCUGAAAACGAGGAGAACAAAGGCUUCCUUCGCAACGUGGUGUCGGGGGAGCACUACCGCUUCGUCAGCAUGUGGAUGGCCAGGACCUCCUAUCUGGCAGCCUUUGUCAUCAUGGUCAUAUUUACCCUCUCUGUCUCCAUGCUCCUGCGCUACUCCCACCACCAGAUCUUUGUCUUCAUUGUUGACCUGCUGCAGAUGCUGGAGAUGAACAUGACCAUUGCCUUCCCUGCAGCUCCUCUCCUCACUGUCAUCCUGGCUCUAGUAGGUAUGGAGGCCAUCAUGUCAGAGUUCUUCAAUGACACCACCACUGCUUUCUACAUCAUCCUCAUCGUGUGGCUGGCUGACCAGUACGAUGCCAUCUGCUGCCACACCAACACGAGCAGGAGGCAUUGGCUCAGGUUCUUCUACCUGUACCACUUUGCCUUCUACGCUUACCACUACCGCUUCAACGGGCAGUACAGCAGCCUGGCCCUGGUCACCUCCUGGCUCUUCAUCCAGCACUCCAUGAUUUACUUCUUCCACCACUACGAGCUGCCUGCCAUCCUCCAGCAGAUCCGCAUCCAGGAGAUGCUGCUGCAGAACCAGCAGGUGGCUCAGGGCACCCAGACCACGCUCCAGGACAACCUCAACAACAACACCACAGCUGCCCCCGUGGAGCUGGGCAGCCGCCGGCCCCACCUGCCCGCCGGCCCCGCGGGGGACAGUGGGGGUGGUCCUGCUGCCCUCACCCCCAGCGAGGCCUCCAGCGUCAUCGCCACCGCCGCAGCCUCCGUGGGCAGUGACCUCAACUGGGUGGCUGAGACUGCUGCCAUCGUCACUGAGGCCUCCUUCCUGUCCGACCUCAGCACCUCCCUGCUGGAGCCAAACGUGGUGCACGAAGCUGUGGCCAACGGCAGCCCUCAGGAUGCUGCUGCUGCUGCCAGCACGGGGCUGGUUGCUCGCAUUAGGGUCAGCAGCGAGCACGCAGAGACAGCCAUGGGCUCCAUCACCAUCGAGGUCACCUCCACGUCGGUGGUGGCUGCAGCAGAUGUCCCUCCUGCUGCAGAGGCUGCCCCCCGUGCCCCACUGCAGGGGGAGGGGGGUCCUGGCCCCAGCCUGUCCCUCCCCACGCAGACUGAGGCUGUGGAGGGCUCUGACAGCAGGGCGAAGCCUGGGGGCAAGAACUGCACUGCCCACAGCUGCGGGGCAGAGACCUGCCUGGAGGGCACAGAGCAGGACAGGCGCUUGGGGCACACCCCUGGGGACACAGAAGACAGCAGCCUGUGCCCAGCACCAGCAGAGAGCACUCCCAGCUCCAGACCUUACUUGGAGCCAGACUCCAGGAGCCUGUCGUGAGUGCCCAUUGCCGUGGCUCUGGACUGCGGGGGAGGCACUGGGAUCGUCUGUGACUUUCUCACUUCACCACCAUCCUUAACCCAUGGAGCCCUUGGAGCAGAGCAGCUGGGACAGAGAAAAGCUGCUGCUGGGAACUCCCCUGGAAGAGCACGAGGAGGGGAGAGAGGCUGAGCUGGGAGAGGGGAGGGAGGUGAAGUUGGCUCCCUUGGCCUGUGAGGCUCACCCCAGGCUGUGGCCUCCCUGCCCCAGCUUUUCCUCGCCCCAGUUUUGACUCCCAUCCAUGUUCUUGUUGCAGUCCAGACACUGAUCACAGCCUGAGCUGCUCUGGGACAGGCCACCUGUGUCUGGCAGCUUUCUGGGUGGAACAGCAGCUGUGUGUAACCAGGGGAGAGUGCUCUCAGGCUCCCUUGGGAGAGCCACAGAAGGCUGAGCAGACACCUGGUGCAAACUCCUCCUUCAUCCCUGAAUCCCGGCAGAGAGGGGGCUGGAAGUGACCCCUGGAGAUCAUUCAGUCCAGACCCCCUGCUACAGCAGCCUGAGCCUGUGUGGGUUGGACAGGAUCGUGUGCAUGGUGGGGGGUGUUGGAUCUCCAGAAGAAGGGGAAUGGAGCUCAAGACCUUUCCCAGGCUCCAGACCCACUCCCACCAGUGCAAAGCUGGGCAAUAACCAAAGCAGAAGCUGCAGCUUGGUCCUGGUUGUUCUGUCCUUGGGCAGUAGGUUUAGCCUGAGGGGAGCUGCCUGGGGCUGGGCUGCAGUGGGGUCCAUCCCCGUGCUGGUCAGCUGCUGGUGACCUCUGCCAGGGCUUGAAGCCUCUCAGAUGUUUGUGACUGGCACAGAACAGGAGCUCCUGGUCUGCAGUAACCUCUGGUGGGCACCACUCUGUAGGUGUCCAGGAACACUGGGUUGAGGAGGGCAGCUCUGGCUCUGCACUGCUCUGCUUCUGGCACUGCCUCUGUGGGUGGUGGAGUUUUGCUUUUCAGUGCCUUGUCCCUCAGAGGGGGGUGCUUGAGAGCAGCCCCAGGAGAGGUCAGCUCUUCCCUGAGCUCUUGCAUGAGGUUCCACAAAGAACCAAAACACUAAAGCUAAGACAUUGCAGCUGAUUGACUUUUGCCCUUCCCUGGCAGCAGAGGUGGAGCUGGGAGCUGGCUGUGCCCAGCCUCAGUGCCUGCAGCUGGCUGAGCUGUGGGGCUGGGAUGAGAAUUGGGAGGAGUGGGACUGGGCCUGGCUGCCCCCCUCCACCCAGGGUGAGCUGGAAGGAGGAUUGGUGCUCGUGGGCAUGGUGGAGUGACACAGGAGUGUGGUUGUGUCUGAGAGAGGAGCCUGGGGCCAAACUGGGUGGCAAAGUGCAGGGCUGGGAGGUGACUUUGGGGCUCUCAGCCCUUUCCUGGGGGGAGCUGACUGGCAAUAGAAGUGUUCCUGGUUCCACCUCAGCCCUUGGAGCAAGGGAUGCUGCUGAGCUGCGUGUCCCUUGUUGGGCUCUGCUCAGCAUUUCACUGCCCACCAGGCACAGGGUGGCCCUGGCAGCACUCUGGAGGCUUGGAGCCUUCUGCUUCACUUUCUCUGCUUUUCCCACCCAGCUGCACCCCUCUUGAUGAUUGCUUUUUUCCCUCCUCUGGCUGAAGAAGCUUUGGGUGCUGCUUGUGAGCAGCAGGUCGAUGCCUUCCUGGGAAAGAGCCAAGCAGCUCCCUUCUGCCUCUAGCAGAGAGGAAUCCCAAAGCACUUGGAAUGAUGGUAGUGGGAGCAGGGGGUGGGGAGGGGAGAAGGGGAAGGGGAGAACCAAACCAAAUGAUUUGCUGAAUGAAGAGUAGAGUUCAUUCUAUUUAAUUAAUGUACAAAUAAAAAGGUGUUUGUAUAUAAUAAUAAAGAUUCCAUCUAACAGCU